ACUCUAAAGAGAAGUUCAGUGACCGCACCUAACCUGAUCAUAGUUUUGUCUUGACAUGUGCUCUACUUGUGGUGUUGUAAAGGAUGUUAGUCUUUUAAUUUAAAAAAAAUAAUUCUUUAACAAAGUAUAAAUAAAUUUAUAUAAAAAUGGACGAAAAAUUAGCAUUAAAUGGUAUAGAAGAAGAUGCGGAACAAGUAACAUGGCAAGAUUUGGGUUUACCAGAUUCCUUGUGUCAAGCAUGUAUUGAUCUAAAAUGGAAACACCCGACAAAAAUUCAACGUGAAGCCAUUCCUAAUGCUCUUCAAGGAAAAGAUGUAAUAGGUUUGGCUGAAACUGGUUCUGGAAAAACUGCAGCGUUUGCACUUCCAAUAUUGUAUGCUCUUUUACAAAAUCCUCAACGUUAUUUUGCAUUAAUAUUGGCACCAACGCGAGAAUUGGCAUUUCAAAUUUCUGAACAAUUUGAAGCUUUAGGAGUCACUAUUGGUGUAAAAUGUGCUGUUAUAGUAGGAGGAAUGGAUAUGAUUUCUCAAGCUUUAUUGCUAGCGAAAAAACCUCAUAUAAUUGUUGCUACACCAGGUCGACUAGUUGAUCAUUUAGAAAAUACAAAAGGAUUCAAUUUGCGUUCUCUUAAGUUUUUGGUAAUGGACGAAGCAGAUAGAAUAUUAAACAUGGAUUUUGAAGUAGAAGUUGACAAAAUUUUGAAAGUUAUUCCCAAAGAAAGAAGAACGCUUUUAUUUUCUGCAACAAUGACAAAAAAAGUACAAAAACUACAAAGAGCUUCUCUACAAAAUCCCGUUAAAGUUGAAGUUUCAACUAAAUAUGCAACAGUAGAAAUGUUGCAACAAUACUUUAUUUUUAUGCCAGUCAAAUUUAAGGAUCUGUAUCUUAUUCAUCUUCUCAAUGAAUCAGCGGGAAAUAGUUUUAUGAUAUUUUGUUCUACUUGUAAUAAUACAAUAAGAACGGCACUUCUUCUUCGAAACUUGGGACUCACUGCUGUUCCUCUACAUGGACAAAUGUCUCAAAAUAAGAGAAUAGAAGCUCUUACAAAAUUUAAGGCAAAAAAUAGAUCAAUUCUUGUUUCAACGGACGUUGCGAGCAGAGGUUUAGAUAUUCCACACGUGGAUAUAGUGAUUAAUUUUGACAUACCUACGCACAGUAAGGAUUAUAUACACAGAGUUGGUAGAACUGCACGAGCUGGACGUUCAGGUCGUUCCAUUACGUUUGUAACGCAAUAUGAUGUGGAAUUAUAUCAGCGAAUAGAACAAUUGAUUUCAAAAAAACUUCCCUCCUAUCCUGUGGAAGAGGAUAAAGUAAUGGCACUUGAAGAAAGAGUAACAGAGGCCCUACGCCUUGUUAAAACGAAACUAAAAGAUCUUGAUGAUAUUAAAAAAUCGGGAAAAAGAAAGCAGAAUGGCAAAGCUGAUGAAGAUGAUGAUACAGAACAAUCUUUUGGAGUGAGAAAACGCAUUAAAUAUCAAAAAGGGAAAAAAUUUGAUAAAAAAAAAUAAAGACUAAAAUUUUAUUGAA